AUGAAGAAUAAAAUCAAACCCGCAAGAUUUAUAAUGAAGAUGGUGAACCAAGUGAUAAAUCAAAAUUCUUGUAAUUUAGGUAAUGAUAGUUUUAGUAGGUUAGAUAUUGGGAACUUUGUUAAUCUACCGUGUACAAUAGUUAUUGAUGAAAAAACCAAACAUGAACUAUUAACCAACAUCUGGACACCAGAAAUUAAAUAUAGUUUCAAGGAAGAUAGUACAUCAGUUGCUCGUUGUUUUCGUCAUGAAUGGUUAAAUACAUAUUCACCAUGGUUAUCUUAUUCACAAAAAAUGAAAGGUCCAUUUUGUGUAUUCUGUGUUCUAUUUCAUUCAUCUAGUGGUCAUGGUAAUUCUUAUAAACAAAUUCAGUUUGUAAAAAAACCAUGUAUUAAGUAUAAAGAUUUUCACAAAAAAACAUGCGAACACAAAGUUUCUAAGACACACUUACAAUGCACAGAAAAUGCUGUUGAUUUCAUUAAGGUUUUUUCUAACAAAGUUACUACUGUUUUUGAUAAAAUUAACACUUCUCAUAAGUUACUAAUUGAUAAUAAUAGGAAAAACAUUUUUCCAAUUAUUUCAAGUAUACUAUUUUGUGGCACUCAAGAAAUUGCUUUGCGUGGAAAAACAUCAAAUGAAGGAAAUUUCAAUUCUUUAAUUAACUUUAGAAUAGAAGCUGGUUUUGUUGCUUUAACAGAUAUGCAUGCUAAAAUUGUAGCAAAAUCUAUAAUACAUUUUUUGAGAAACUCUGGUCUUAAUUUAAACAAUUUAGUAGGACAAGGAUACGAUGGUUGUAGUGCUAUAUCAGGUAUUCAUAAUGGUGUCCAAGCAAUUAUUAAAAAUGAAUUUCCUAAAGCUGUAUUUGUACACUGUUCAUCACAUAGACUAAAUUUAGCAAUAAAUGAUUUGAAUAAACUUUAG